AUGGCUCUCAAGUACGUUUCGAGCUACCUGCUCGCCGUCGCUAGCGGCAACGAAAGCCCGAGUGUCGCGGACCUCAAGAAGAUUCUCGACGCCGUUGGGUCGGAGGUCGACGAUGACUGCCUGGAAGGUCUCGUCGCGUCCAUGAGCGGCAAGACCGUCCACGAGGUUAGUGAUCGCCAUGUUUUCUACGCCCUGUUGUGA